UUCCCAUAAAUAAGUCGCAUCAUGAAUAAGAAAACCCGAUAUUAACCAGCAUUAAUGCCGGGUAGUAAUUCUGCCUAAGCUACAAAACUGGUUACAUCCCCCCACUCUAUCUGUAUUUCCCUUCUUAAUUACCUUGCCCCUCCUCUCUUCGGCUUAUAUCCCAUGAGUAUUGUCCUAUACAAGCAGAACAGAUCACCCACUACAGAUUAGAAUGGGCAUACUACACGGCGUUACAAAGACAAUCCUCCAGCCAGGAAACGGCCGCGACAGCCCCAAGAAAGGCGACACGGUGAUCAUCGAGUACAGAGGCUGUUUAUAUGAUGAGUCAAGUGGUGCCGACCACUACUUCAUGGGCACCCAGUUCGAUACAUCGAAGGGCCGGGGCCCGCUGAAGACGGAGAUUGGUGUUGGAAAGGUUAUCAUUGGUUGGGACGAGGGCGUGCAGCAGAUGACGCUCGGCGAGAAGGCCAUUUUGACAAUUUCGAGUGAUUAUGGGUAUGGCAAAAAGGGAUUCCCUGGGCUGAUCCCGCCCAAUUCAGGGCUGGUGUUCGAGGUUGAAUUGAAGAAUAUUCUUGGGAAACCUGUUUAGCAUGCUUAUGAUGAUGCUUGUUGAGGCGUUGGACAAGAUACUUGCUUUUUCUGAUUGUGAGAAUAGUUUGUUUGGAGCUUGCAGGAGUUAUUAAUUUGGUAUCGAGCAGACAUCAGAGAGCCAUUUGAAUAUGAGUCCUAGGAGAAUUUGAUUCUUCUUUCGGUG